GCGCGGGUGCCUGAGGCGCCGCGGACAGGGAAGCCGAGCCGGGCGUGGCAGGGCAGGCGGGGCGGCGGCGGCGUUCCGGUUGCUCCGUCCUCUUCGCAUCCCGCGCCGGAGCCACUACGAUGCUCCCCGCUGCGUCGGGCGCAGCCAGCCCCGAGUCGGACGCGCCUCUGCCGCCGCGCCCAGCCGCCGGGCGCCCCAUCCUCGCCGGAGGUCCAGCCGGAGCCGGAGCCUGAGCCGGGCACGCUCGGCCGCGCCUCGCCCGCCUCCUGCCCAGGAUGCUGACCUGCUGCCUUGCCCCGCGCCCGCUGCUGGCCCGCUCCUGCGCCUCCGCCGCCGCCGCCGCCGCCCUGCUCGGAAUCCUUUGGCUGCACGCCUGCCGCGGCAUGCCCCAUGUCAUCCGCAUCGGAGGAAUCUUUGAAUAUGCUGAUGGUCCAAAUGCCCAGGUAAUGAACGCCGAGGAACAAGCAUUCCGAUUCUCAGCCAAUAUCAUCAACAGGAAUAGAACUUUGUUACCCAACACAACCUUAACCUAUGAUAUCCAGAGGAUACACUUCCACGAUAGCUUUGAAGCCACUAAGAAAGCCUGUGACCAGCUUGCCCUGGGCGUUGUAGCUAUUUUUGGGCCUUCUCAGGGCUCAUGCACCAAUGCGGUCCAGUCCAUCUGCAAUGCGCUGGAGGUUCCUCACAUACAGCUGCGGUGGAAGCAUCACCCUUUGGACAAUAAGGACACCUUCUAUGUCAAUCUCUACCCGGAUUAUGCCUCUCUCAGCCAUGCCAUCUUGGACCUUGUACAGUACCUGAAGUGGAGGUCGGCCACUGUGGUGUACGAUGACAGCACAGGCCUUAUUCGGCUGCAGGAGUUGAUUAUGGCUCCAUCCAGAUACAACAUCCGUUUGAAAAUCCGCCAGUUGCCCCUCGACACAGAAGAUUCCCGGCCUCUGCUAAAGGAGAUGAAACGAGGAAGAGAGUUCCGUAUCAUCUUUGACUGCACUCACACAAUGGCUGUGCAUAUCCUCAAGCAGGCCAUGGCGAUGGGGAUGAUGACAGAAUACUACCACUUCAUCUUCACCACACUGGAUCUGUAUGCACUCGAUCUUGAGCAAUAUCGCUACUCUGGAGUAAACCUGACCGGCUUCCGCAUCUUGAACGUGGAUAAUCCUCAUGUGUCUGCCAUAAUUGAUAAGUGGUCCAUGGAGAGGUUGCAGACGGCCCCCAAACCUGAACCUGGAUUGAUUGCAGGGGUCAUGAUGACAGACGCUGCCCUGUUAUAUGAUGCUGUCCACAUAGUCUCUGUGUGUUACCAACGGGCCCCUCAGAUGACGGUCAACUCUCUUCAGUGCCAUCGACACAAAGCCUGGCGAUUUGGUGGGCGCUUUAUGAAUUUUAUCAAAGAGGCACAGUGGGAGGGCUUAACGGGACGAAUUGCCUUCAACAAAACCAGCGGGCUCAGAACUGACUUUGACCUGGACAUCAUCAGCCUCAAGGAAGAUGGGCUGGAAAAGGUUGGAGUGUGGAGCCCCUCAGAUGGGCUGAACAUCACUGAAAUCACCCGAAGGCAGGGGCCCAACGUGACAGAUUCCCUGACCAAUCGAUCUUUGGUGGUCACCACAGUUCUGGAAGAGCCAUUUGUCAUGUUUGCAAAGUCGGACAUGGUUCUAUCUGGGAACAGGCGUUUUGAAGGCUACUGCGUGGAUCUCCUCUCAGAAGUCUCCCGCAUCCUUGGCUUCUCCUAUGAGAUUCGACUGGUGGAGGAUGGGAAGUACGGAGCCCAAGAUGAGAAGGGCCAGUGGAAUGGCAUGAUAAGGGAACUGAUUGACCACAAAGCUGAUCUGGCAGUCGCUCCCCUCACCAUCACCCACAUUCGGGAGAAAGUGAUUGACUUCUCCAAGCCCUUCAUGACUCUUGGAAUCAGCAUUCUCUACCGAAAGGCCAAUGGAACCAACCCCAGUGUCUUCUCCUUCCUGAACCCAUUGUCUCCUGACAUUUGGAUGUACAUCCUCCUUGCUUACCUGGGAGUUAGCUGUGUGCUUUUUGUGAUUGCCAGGUUCAGCCCUUACGAAUGGUAUGAUGCUCAUCCAUGCAACCCUGGGUCAGACAUUGUCGAGAACAACUUCACCCUCCUCAACAGUUUCUGGUUUGGAAUGGGAGCCCUGAUGCAGCAAGGCUCUGAGCUGAUGCCCAAAGCUCUGUCCACUCGGAUCAUUGGGGGAAUUUGGUGGUUUUUCACCCUCAUAAUCAUCUCUUCCUACACGGCAAACUUAGCUGCCUUCUUGACGGUGGAGAGGAUGGAGUCCCCCAUUGGCUCUGCAGAUGAUUUGGCCAAGCAGACCAAAAUUGAAUAUGGAGCAGUCAAGGACGGAGCCACCAUGAUCUUCUUCAAGAAGUCCAAGAUCUCUACUUUUGAAAAAAUGUGGGCCUUCAUGAGCAGCAAACCCUCGGCUCUUGUGAAGAACAACGAAGAAGGGAUCCAGCGUGCCCUGACUUCUGAUUAUGCUCUGCUGAUGGAAUCCACCACCAUUGAGUACAUCACCCAACGAAACUGCAACCUAACCCAGAUUGGGGGACUGAUCGAUUCCAAGGGCUAUGGGAUUGGCACUCCCAUGGGUUCGCCAUACCGAGACAAGAUCACCAUCGCGAUCCUCCAGCUUCAGGAAGAAGCAAAGCUGCACGCCAUGAAGGAGAAGUGGUGGCGAAGCAAUGGCUGCCCAGAAGAGGAGAGCAAGGAAGCCAGUGCCCUCGGCAUUCAAAACAUCGGUGGGCUCUUCAUUGUCCUGGCUGCUGGUCUCAUCCUCUCGGUCUUCGUAGCCACCGUGGAGUUCAUCUACAAGCUGCGCAAGACAGCCGAGCGGGAGCAGCGGUCCUUCUGCAGCGCCAUGGCUGAGGAGAUUCGGCUGUCCCUCACCUGCCAGCAGCGCACAAAGCACAAAGCCCAACCUCCCCUCAUGGUGAAGACCGAUGCCGUCAUCAACAUGCACACGUUCAACAACCGGCGGCUUCCCAGCAAAGACAACCUGGCCUGUAACACGGGGUUGACCCCUGCCUUCCCCUAGCCAGCAGAGGGGUGAGGACUGGGGCGCUGAGGAAAAGGCUCCCUGAGAAGCAGCCCACUGAGCAGGAGACCUGUGGAAGGAUGGACCCCCAGCAGGUGGCCCCACUUCUGCAGCCAGGGGCCUUAUUCUUCCCUUGCAGGCCUCGCAACAGCUAGCCCCCCAUUCCUCACCCGGACACCUCCAAGAGUCUCGAUGUUUACAUAUCAAGAAAAUGUAAAAGACAAAGCAGACACCUCCCUCCAUCUGAGAUCUCGGAUCCCACUCUUUGGAUUAAGUAUGGCAAUAAGCAAGAGGGCCUUGGGUCAGGAGGUACAUGGAGCCCCACAUGGACCAAUGGAGCAGAGGUGGGGGGGAUGAGGGCAAUGGAGGGGUCCUGGCCAGAGCAACCACCCUUGCUGGGAGGAGCAGAAGUGUUUUGUUUUGUUUUUUACUCCCUGCUGGGCUGAACAAUGGUUCCUCAGGAAGAACCGCCUUGGCAUGGCAUGUAGGGUGAUGGUGAUGCUACGGGAGCCCUCCCUUCUUCAGAUGGCAGAUGUGGGGCUCCCUCAGCUGUCAGGAGAUACAACAAGAAGGCGACAGAGCACACCAUGGCAGAUCAACAUGGUCCUGCCACCCUGGAGAGGAAUUCUCUUUGCCAGGCUCUGCUCAAUCCAGUCACCAGAUUCAGCUGGACAGAGUUCCCAGGAAAGAAACACGCCAACGUCUGCAAAUAGGAAGCAAUGACAAUGUGGCUUUGUGGGGGGUGAACAGGGGACAAAGUUGGGCAUUUGAGAGCUGUAUGACCUAGUGACAUUCCAUACAUGUGGACGGACAUUCCCCCAUGCUGGCAGCAGUGGCAAAGCCUGUGGCCGAAAUGAAUGCAUGGAUGCUCCUGGUUAGCCACUCUGUGUACAAAAGUGCCAUGGUGCCCAAGGAUACAUUUCCAAGUAAGGUCCCAGGUAAUUUCCCAAUAUCUGAGGGGCUGUCACAGAGAAGAGGGGGUCAGCCUAUUCUCCAAAGCACCUGAGGGCAGGACAAGAGGCAACGGAUGGGAAUUUAUCAAGGUGAUCCAACCUAGACUUGGAGUUGCCAGAAGGGUUCUCCUUGUUGUCCCUAGCUCUUCCCAAAGGAUGAAAUUAUUCCAAAGCUUGGCCUUGACCAGGCACCACAGAGAGCACAUGGUUUGCAUUUUUCUUCCAACCAGAGUUUUUCUCUCCCGAUGACCAAAGACCAUCGCCACCUGCCAUUUGGAAGGAGCCAGAGGUGGGGCUGCUCUUCCCCACCCUCCUCUUUCUAGAAUUGCCAGGUGUAGAUUCUGUGCCAUCCCUUGGCCUGGGAAGUUACUGGUAGAUAAAAGGCUGAUGGUGUAGUGGCAGCCAGAGCCAGAUGACACAUUUUUAUCCAACAUCAGCAUUUAGCAUCAGCAUCUUUGGCUAAGCUUGCCACAUUUCUGGAACGGGUACUUUUCCAAGCUGAAAGCAGUUCAAGAAAAACAUGCCCGGGAACACGUAGCUUCCCUCCAUCAUUCUGAAUCUUGGCAUCAGUGGAUGGCCAGAGUGGCAAGAGGGAGAAGGCUGUUUCAAGGCUGUCCUCUAAAGUGCCUUUUGAGAGCUGUCCCCUUGGCCUCUUCCACAGCCAUCCGGCUGCUUCAACAAGGUCACCCAAGAGAUCUGGGCACAACAGGUUCAGCUGGCCCAUUAGCAGCAGAAGCAGAGCUUGGCCUGGAGACUCAUCAAGAGUUGUGUGGAAUCCUUGAUACUCUCAGAGCCUGUUUGUUUGCUUGCAGACACUUUAUUGCCCUACUAGGUAGCAUCAUCAGUGCUACUGAGUGUGGGUUGGCUCCCUGUUGAUGUACGACAGCUUGCUGAGUAACACCAACAGUCCUUUAUCCUUUUCCUGCUCCUCCAGCAAAGGCCUAGCAUGCGAGGCUGCAACCAGAGAGACAUUGUAACCCAGGGGUUCAAGUGUGGGGCUGAGCUGGGUCCAGCUUCUUUGGGAAACAACAGGCUAGAAGAGAGUUCGAACAUAACUGCAGCCCAGGGAAGGAUUUCAGUACGCCCUUCCCAUCUCAUUUCAGCUCCAAGCAGCUGCUUUGUGAUGAGAAGCUGGUGGAGAAAAUAUUCUCAGCCACUUCCUAUCUUGGGUUACUUAUAUCAGCAGUGAUGGCAGGAGAUAGUAAAAGGGAGCCAAGAGUUUGGAAAUAUUUCUCAAGGUGUUCAGUCACAUCCUGAAAGAGAAGAUAUUUGAUUAGGAGAACAUUAAAUGUUUUAGCUCAUUUUAAACAGGGCCCCUUGGGACCUUGAAAAAAGAAAAUGGAAUGGGGGAUUCUCCGUCCUAUAAGGAGGGUCUUAAGGCAGAAGAGGAGGGAUGCUCCUUAGCUUAAUCCACUCUCCCCGCAGAGUCCUUUUUGUACAGCAUUGAAUGUGAUGAUAAGUAAAGCCAGUUUUGUGUAUCCAUUUCAUUUACUCAUUUUUAAUUACCAAUUCGUUUCUCCCGCUCCAAGAAACACUAAUGGUUUAAUACAUCAGAAACAAGCUGUUUUAGUUAUCACAGAAUCCUUUCAAAAGUCAGGAGUUCCUCUCUUUGUUUUGUGUUUUGGUUUGGCCAAGUUUCACUAGUCUGGAAGAGCUCCCUUAAUCUGAUCUCUGAAUUGUAGGUGAAAUGGACUCCUUUUCUUUUCAGUUUUAAGCAUGGCAGCAAGCUCUUUUUUCCUUUCUGUUGUCUUUCAUCCUUCCCAACCAGUCUGCUUAUGCAAUUCUUUUCAUUUUGUGUGUAACGAUAAAGAGGAGGCUUCCAAAGGCUGAACUUGGAGGAAAGGCCAUCAGAAGAGGUCACCUGCCCACUGAGGGAGACCAGGCAUCUGAAUCAACAACCGGUUCUCUUUUUUUCAGCUUUCUGGGAAGAACUAAAAGUAAACGUGAGGUAUAUCUGAAGACCAUGUUUCUUACACAAAGUGGUGCUGGCUGAAUGUGCACAGAGAGCCGUGGAAAUGGUUGAGGUGGCUGUUCCUUCAUUAGAGCAACUGAGCUUUUCCACAGCUGAGACCCAGGCCAGGGCAGUGCCCUGGAAGCCUAAGAUAGCCCAGCUGCUUCCCUGGCAGCCAGCAAAUGCUGACCCACCAGACCAGAUGUAUAAGGCCCUCUGUCACCUUCAACAUCUUGGCUAGAGGAAGACCAAACAGCUUUGACUUUGGACAUUGAGCUGUUGGUCUACCACAAAAGUUGCUGUGCAAGGCCAGUUGCAAAAGUCCACAUGCUCCAAACUCACAACCACGCAACUCAUUCUUUAUCCUUAGCAGGGCUUCUUUGGCUCUCGAACAAUAUCUCUGCACAAAAAGAGUCUAUUUGCAGUGAUUUUGGGGAUGGCAACUGAACUGCCCUUCCAUCCUCUCUCUCUCUGGACUGAUUUCCUAACAACAGCCACAGAACUGGUCUCUGUGACAUUCAGGGGAAAAAUUCCUUUGUGGACAUGCAGAAAUUUCUAUAAAUUUAGUUUUUUGUAAACAUUUUGUAAGAAUUUUGGUUUCAUAGUAACUGUGUUACUUGCAGAUCAUUCUAGGCAGAUGUAAAUAGAAUUUCAAAAAAGAACUAAAGUUUUAAAACAAACAAAAAUGAUUAUUUUCCUUUUUAAGACACUGUGAUAUAUCAAGUGCACAGUUUUGCUGUAUGCGGUAACAUUGUUAAAAUUUUAAAUAAAACAUUUCUACAAAAGAAA